AUGUCGGACGCCUCGGGUCGUCGGAGGAGCCGGCGAGGCUACCGCCGCCUGCUGUCCCGGCAGUCCUCGUUCGACCUGGCCGAGGGCGACGAAGCGACGACGACGGCGGCGACGGCGACGGUGAGCGAAAUGAAGAGAUCGAACACCACCAGGGAAAUAAAGGCGCACCCGGUCAUCAGAAUCAUGGAGAAGCCACCGAAGAAGGCAACAGCCACGCCGGAGUUCUUGCGAUACUUGGAGUAUAUGAGGGAGGCCGGUACGUGGCAUCCCAACUCCGACGCGCCUGCGAUCUACUUCAAGUAG